GCGAUGAUCAUCUUGUACAGUAUCACCGGCAUCAUCACGGCGCUGUUCCUAGCGAUCAUCAUCACGGGGGCCGUCCGCGCUCACCGGCACCCCGAACGCUACGGGCCCCGAUAUACCGCCGGGCGCCCGCGGCAAAGUCGAGCGCGCGGGAUAGCGCGCGCCAUGGUGGAGACGAUACCGAUCGUGAAGUUCGGCGACGCCUACGAUCCCAAGGUAGAGGCCGUCAAGGGCGACGUGGAGAUGGCGCCGGAGGGGGGGACACAUACCCCGACGGGUGAAACCGAAAUGGCGACGGGCGGCGCUGGCGCCCCUACUCCGCCACCACCGUCGCAGCAACCCAACAAGACGGCCGGAGCCACGAGCAGGGAGCCAACAGAAGGGCCAACGGAAGGGCCAACGGAAGAGCCAACGGAGAAGACCACGCCCAAUGCCGACGACAAUACGUCGCCACCGCCGCAGCAGACGGCCGCCGCGACCACGGAGCAGAACAACUUCUCCUGUCCCAUCUGCACGGAUGAUUUUGUCAAGGGCCAGGAUCUGCGUGUCCUGCCGUGCAACCACCAGUUCCACCCCGACUGCGUCGACCCAUGGCUGCUCAAUGUGUCUGGGACAUGUCCUCUUUGCCGGAUCGAUCUGAACCCUAACCGCGCCGAGGACGCGACCGAGCCGGCCGCGACCGAGGGCACCGAUCCCCCGCCGGAGGGCUCCGCAGCGGGCGGCGGGGCGGAGGCGGCGCACUUGCGCUCGCACCGGCGACUGACGAGUUACCUCCACGGGACGCUCAACGCACGACGGAUGCGCGACGCAACGGUGGAGGAGCGACUCGCGGCGCUGCGCAGCGUGCGAGAGAACAACCGGCAGACGCAGACGCAGACGCAGGACGCGACCCCCGACGAGCCAGAGGAGCGCAGUCGGCGCCGAAGCGGACUGACGACGCGGUUGCGCGAUCGAUUCCGCAUCCGCACGCAGGCGCAUGGGGAUGGGGAAGCAUAAGGGGGGGAUGAUUUUACGAGUACAAAGCAUUUUUCCACCUACGACUGGGGGAUGAACAUACGGCAUAUGUACAUGAUGGGUGUUUUUUUUAUCUUCUUGCACAUGAUAUCGGUAUGAAUGUUGGACUGACGACCGAUGACGAGUUACUUUUUUACAGCGGACCGGGCGUUUGGCGCGUGAUCAAGAGGAUUACGAUAUGGGACUCAUUUUUUUUUACGUUCAGCCUUAUAAAAUCAUCAAUAAAUAUAUGAUUCCA